CUUCAGGGCACCCCCGUGCGACACCGCCUGUCCAAUGAGAGGCAAGUUGCUGCAGGAGUUAUCUUGCUUCUCAUCAAGCAUUUGUACUUUAACUAGCCUAGGCUGCAGUCUCCAACUCACUGGACGAGCAACAGACUGUUUUGUGUUCACCGAACACGUCUGGAUCCUGAGAAAGGUCGCUGUGCAUCCGGCGAUCAUACUUUGCCUGCAGAUGGAGGAUACGGAUUAACCAUUUUCCUUAAGAAGAAGGAUACUGCUGCACCCUGCUCCCUUUUACUUGAAUGUCGCUGUUUCCCCCGCUGCCAUACGGGGGCCGGCGGUACAAGUAAAUCAUUACCCGAGGCGAUCUCAAUGACAAACUUCAACAAUGGCUUGGAGGCCAGUUCAGACUCUGAUGACGAGGACAAGCUACGCAUUGUGGAGGACGACAGCCUGCAGGAGCCGGAGGUCGCUAAAGCUGAUGUGACCACGCUGCAGGACAGCCAUGACGCCACCACAACAGUAUUACCCCACAAUGGCUCCUUGAAUGGAGGCACACCAGAUUCCUUCUCCCAGUUGCACACUUGCCCCUACUGCUCCCGGGGCUACAAGCGCAAUGCCUCGCUGAAGGAGCACAUCAUGUAUUGCCACGAGACCAGCGAGGACAACUAUAGCUGCUCACACUGCAGCUACACCUUCACCUACCGCUCGCAGCUGAAGAAGCACAUGAAACACCACAGGGGCACCAGGGAGCAGUCGACAGGAGGAACAGAUGGAGCACGCAAGUUCAACCGUAUCAAAUGCAAGCCUGUGACGGCAGCACCAGAAACUGCAGCUGCAACCCUGCCUCAGGGUGUGGCUAUGGUCGUACCAACAGUCGGUCUGAUGUCACCCAUCAGCAUCAAUCUGAAUGACUUGCAGAAUGUGCUCAAGGUGGCGAUGGACGAAAAAGUGUUCAGGCAGGUGCUGGGUACAGCUAAUGGGGUGGUGACGCAGGGGAAGCAGGGAAUUGUAGUCCAGCAGCCCCAGCAGCAGAUCAUCAGCCUGCCGGCCUUUGUGGAUCACGACGGCACCAGAAAGAUCAUCAAUUACAGCAUUAGCCCUGCAGCCGCCACCACUGCCACUACCCAGCCUGCACCGUUUAUUGCCAAAAACAAUCCUCCUCCCCCUCCCACUGUCACCACUGCUGCAGCCCCCACCCCAACCAAAACAGAUAAACCCCCUACUCCAGAGGUAGCCGACCUCACCAUUGUAAAGGCAGAGCCAGAAUCAGUGCCCAUCAUGGAGACAGAGGCAGUCACACAGACAGAAACUGUUAAGACUUCAGACACCCAAACAGCUCAGAUGCCAAAAGUCAACAGCACCAGUGCAUGUUUACUAUGCGACGACUGUCCCGACAACCUGGAGGCGUUACACCUCCUCCAGCACCGCAAAGCAGCCAAUGGGGAGGCCAUUGACUCCGCCGCUUUGGACCCCUCGUUCGCUACUCUGCUAAGCGAGGCCGGGGUGACGCUGGAGGAGCCACCUGUGGAUGACCUCCUCUCACUCCUGAAGACAUACUUUGCCUCCAAUGCCAACCCCAGCGAGGCGGAGCUGACAAAGAUCUCAGAGUCUGUCAGUAUUCCCAUGGAUGUGGUCAGAAAGUGGUUUGCCAGGAUGAACUCUGGGAAAAAUGUGGGCAAAUGCAGCAAAAACACUACAGCAGUUCCCAAAAAGACUGAAACCACAAAUUCCAGCUCAGAGGACGCCUUGAAUCAGAAUGGAGAGGCAGAGGAAGACAGCACUCAAGAAACAUCCAACAAAGCCUCAUCAGAAUCUGGCAGCGCUUCCCCGUCAGACUCUUCACCACUAAGCCCCAACACCGGGGACCUCAUCAUCGUUAAAAGUGAGCCAGAAGACCCAGAGGACCCGGACUCCCAGGCAGAGCCGAUUUACGUCUCCCUUCCUAAACAUAUCGCAGCAGCGUUGGAAACAAAAACACCCCCGGCUAAGCAGCAGGAACAGCCCCUGAACCUGACCUGCCUGAGGAAGGAGGAUCUGGAGGGUCAAACCAUCUUUGUCACCAUGCCUAAGUCCAGACGACCUGUCAACCUCGUCAUUUCCGCAAAGCUGCGCACAUUAGUGGUCAUCGCUCGUCAGGGCACAGUGGGCUGUCUCAGCGCGAUGAACACCACAACGAAGCGCACCAUCCUCAUCCCCCAGCUCACCUGCAAUGCCACUGGAGCAAAGACUGUCGUACUAAACGGCCAUAAGGAGAAGAGGCUGGACAGCAGCUCUGACUGUGUUUCCACAGUGGAGGAGCAGAAUGACUCCGAUUCGGCCGCGCUGAUGAAGAAGCGACGGCUGGAAAACAAAGUCUACCAAUGUGAUCUUUGCUCCAAAGCCUUCCAGAAGAAUGGAUCCCUGGUCAGGCACAAAUAUGAACAUACAGGAAAACGGCCCCACGAGUGCAACAUCUGCAAGAAGGCCUUCAAACACAAACACCACCUGAUCGAACACUCGAGGCUGCACUCCGGUGAGAAACCCUACCAGUGUGAUAAGUGCGGGAAGCGUUUCUCUCACUCUGGUUCAUACUCCCAGCACAUGACCCACCGUUACUCCUACUGCAAGAAGGACGGGCCAAACUCUGGCUCCGGCUCAGGGCCACGCAGGGCUCAGUCGGAGCUCGGCAGCCCCAGCCCCAGCGCCGGACCGCAGUCUGACAGCCGGACCACGACCCCGCCCUCCCAACUGGACUCAGACGAGAAGGAGGCUAAUGAGGCCAUUUGUAUGGACGAUGGCGAGUGCGAGAUCUAUGACGGUAACUUUGAUGACAAGAACGGAGAGGAGGUGGCGGAGGGCGAACAACGAGAGGUGGAGGGACAGAAGGUGGAGGAGCUUGAUUGUGAUGUGGUGGAGAUCGAGCUGGGGAACGAUCACAUGGAGGAAACAACUGAAGAAAAGAAGGACGAAGAGAAAGGGGUUAACAACUGAAGAAUUAAGUUUGUCACACAAUCUUACACAGAACAACGUCAAGUGAAAUUCGUUCACUGCAUUUAACCCAUCCUAAGCAUUAAGAGGAGUGGGCAGCCGCUGGGCAGCACCUGGGGACCAACUCCAGUUCUAAUGGUCAAGGGCACUGAUGGGAGAAUUAACCUAACCCUACUGUCCAAUUAAUCACUCCUACUGCAAAAAGGGCAGGCCAAACUCUGGCUCAGGGCCACGCAUGGCUUUGUCGGAGCUCAGCAGCCCUGGUGCUGGACCGCAAUUGGUCAAAGUUUUAAAAAAUGUGUAAAAUGCGUAAAAACAGAAAAUGUUCUGUUGCAGCAGAUUGAAAUAUUCGAAGAUAAAGACAUGCAGGGAAUGUUAGAACUGCAACUUCACCCUCUGCUCCACCAGGUUGGCUCUGAAGAAAUCAAAAAAUAUACAAAACCAAGAUCAAUUUCAAGUAAAAUGGAGACAGAAGGAUUUUAUAGUAAAAUUAUAAAUGUAUUCAGACUUGUGCACUUGUUUUCAGAUAGUAAAAAAGCAAAAAUUGCUGUCCCGCACUUCAGGUAACAAACGUUAGUGAAUGUGGUCUGUGUGUUUUCAGUUGGUUUUACCGAACAGUGUUUAUAGUAUUAGUCUGUUUUAAUGUGUUUGUUUUUAUGUGUCCUCUCUGUUUUUUCAACAAUGGCAGUAUUAGAACCCUUUUCACAGAUUAAAAACAAUGUACCUGUUUAGUUUUUAGAAGUUUUAUAGUCUUUAUAUUUUAUUGUGUAAUGUAGUGUACAUUACUGUAGUUUAUCUUGAGAUUAUUUUUCAUACUAAAAUAUAUUGUAUCAUUCAAACAAAACCCAAAAUGUGGUUCUGGGAGCUGAAGUUUGUUUAAUUGACAAUGAUUUUUAAAAGCACAAGUUGUUGCUGUUUUAAUGAAGGAUCUUGUUAUGAAGCAGUUUCUCCCUUUUUAUUUCAAAGCCAAAUUUAGAUCGUCCCGCCAUUUCUGAGUUGCUUCGUACUUCAGACUACUGGGGGGGGGGUAGUUAGGUAAAUAUGAAUGAGUUAAAGAGAUUCAGGACUGAGUGUUAAUGUGUUUGUUGUCAACAAUGUGAAUCUGACCUGGGAUCAGACUUUAGAUAUACGUCCAAAUGAAUUUGUUGCACAAAGCUGUCUAGUUUGACUCUAAGUAUGACAACUUACUGUGAAUUCUGAGUAAAUAAAGACUUUUUGCUCUGGCUGAUGUGAACAACA